UUAAUCAUGUCAAGCUUCGCUAAAACUUCCUGCUCAUUGCUGGUGCUAAUCCUGGCUCUCGGGAUGAUUGAAGCUCUGCCAGCUAGGUUAUCCAGGCAACAGGAUGCGGCGCCCUAUCCGUCCGCCGAGGAACUGAAGCCUGAGGUACCCUUCGAGGAAGGUGUGCCCGAUCAGACUUAUGGUCCACCAGACCUGACCUACGGUCCACCACCUACCGAUGCCGUUGAGCAGCUGCCCAGUGACGAGGAGCCGCAAGAUUUCACACCCGAUCCGGAUGCAGAAGAAGUUCAGCCGGUCCAGGAGGCUCAACUCGCUCGUCUGACAAACAUUAACCGACUGCCAGGUGGCCGAGGAUUGGUAUUCCUUUCGAGGAGCCCGCUAAGAAUUUUAAGGCCAAGCCUAGCUCGCCUUCCAUUGGCCAUCUUGGGAUAGAUAAAUAGUAUUUGAUU